CUUGGACUCUAUCUUCCAACGCCUCCACAGCCUCCUUUUGGGGUCGCCUCCCUUCGACCCUUCUUCUUCCGCCGCCCUCCGACCGGAGCUCUCGUUGCCGCCGCCGCCGACGACGACGAAGAGACGCCAUGGAGAGGCUUCUGUAUUCACCUUCUCCGACCUCCCUCAAGAUUAACCCUAGUCGAUCUCUUUUUCUUCCUCGGUUUCGUCUCAUUGGCUCGGCGAAGCUCAAUUUCCCCAUCCCGACGCGCCACGGACUCAGGUCGAUUGGUUUGAUCUCCUGUAAGAACGAGAAACCUCCUUUGUCUUCGAUUCGUAGUCUUUCUUUGUUUAAUUCGUCGAGUGAUUCGAUUUGCCCGUCCGAUUCUCGAGCCGCCUCGCCUAAGCUUGAUUUGCUCGAACAUUUCGGCGGAAAGGAGAAGGUCAAAAGGUCACUCUUUGUUCUUUCUGCUCUUGCCCUGAUCCUGAUCCAACCAGUCUUUGCACCAGCGGCUUCUGCUUCUUUCCCAAAUGCAGCUAAGACUGGGGCCCCUGCAGCUGCUGCAGUUGGGCGACGACUGAUUCAGAGUGAACUCUUAAAUAGUGCUUGGACUGGGUUUUUUGCUGGUUGCUUACACACACUAUCAGGACCAGACCACCUCGCUGCCCUUGCACCCCUUUCAAUUGGCUGUAAUCGCAUGGAAAGUGCUGCAGUUGGCGCUCUUUGGGGCUGUGGUCAUGAUGCAGGUCAGGUCAUUUUUGGCUUACUAUUUCUACUGCUAAAGGAUAAGCUUCACAUUGAAAUUCUGAGAACCUGGGGCACAGUAGUAGUAGGCGUGACUCUAUUCAUAAUAGGUGUAAUGGGUAUUAGGGAAGCCUCAGAAGUCCGUACCCCAUGUGUGGCUCUAGAAAAUGGUGAGUGUGAUGUCGGCAUCUUCGAAACACUAGAUAAACCAAUGGUUGGGAAGAAGAAAAAGUUGGGUUUUGCUACUUUUGCCACUGGAGUCGUCCACGGCCUGCAACCUGAUGCACUUAUGAUAGUCUUGCCUGCCCUCGCAUUGCCUUCCCGUAUAGCCGGCGCUGCCUUUCUUGUUAUGUUUUUAGUUGGAACAGUUAUUUCAAUGGGAAGCUAUACUGCUUUUAUAGGCUCGUUUAGCGAGGCGUUAAAGGACAGAGUGCCUAGAAUAACUGAAAGACUGACCUGGGCUGCUUCUUUUGUAGCCAUUGCUCUUGGACUUGCCAUUAUCAUCAGCCAGUUUCUUGGCUAUAGCCUCUACUGAUACUGAUUUUACCCAUCUCUCUAUUACCUUUUGCCAGAUAUAAAGCUAGUUCAUUGAGGAGUAGCCAAAAUUUUCUCCCAAGCCCUAAGAUUUUUACCUUUUUACUGUUGGGUUCUGUUUGUAGUACGGAUAUAUCAAGCUGUAUAAAAAGUUUGAUUUAAUAUUCUGCCGUUGUUGGAUUUUAUGCUCCAAGGUCCAAACUUCAAAUGCCCUCAUACAAGGGAAGUUCUAGUUGCUGAUUGAUACAAGAACAGUGAAAGAUUGUGAUGGGUUGUAGGCAAAAUGGAUGGAGUUGAUUAAGAUCUGUGAGAUGAGUUUACUGUCAAUUUUUUUGACAGAUUAGGACUAUUUCUGUAUAGGGUUCAUGUCAUGGUCAUCGGUCAUCGGUCAUCGGUCAGUGUAUUUUGUAUCAAAAAGUUUCAAGUUUCCAAACUACAACUGCAACCCUUCUUCAGAAAGUAACCUUUUCUAUUGAUUUACAUUUGUUGAA